UCUGUCCGGCCACCACACGUGAGCUCGGGGUCCCUUAAAUGACAACAGUAGCAUGGCUGCCCUGCGUAAAGCCGGGUUCCUGUGGAGAAGGACUGGUAGUUUGAAGUUCUGUAGAAGAAACUUGACAGGGACCUAUGACUACGACCUAGUGGUCAUUGGUGGAGGUUCAGGAGGACUGGCCUGCUCCAAAGAAGCUGCGCAGCUGGGUCAAAAGGUCGCCGUUCUAGAUUAUGUGGAGCCGUCAGUCAAAGGAACCAAGUGGGGUCUUGGCGGCACCUGCGUUAACGUGGGCUGUAUCCCGAAAAAGCUGAUGCACCAGGCUGCUCUGCUCGGUACCGCUCUCCAGGAUGCCAGAAAGUACGGCUGGAAAAUCUCAGGAGAAGUUUCCCACGACUGGUGUCAGAUGGCCGAGUCGGUUCAGAACCACGUCAGGUCCUUGAACUGGGGUCACAGAGUUCAACUCCAGGAUAAGAAAGUCAAGUAUCUGAACUUGAAAGGACGUCUGGUGGACGAACACACGGUCAAAGGACAAUCCAGGACAGGAAAAGAGACCGUCCUCACUGCCAAGAACGUUGUGAUCGCCACAGGCGGACGACCCAAGUACCCAGCGCACGUUCCUGGGGCCGUGGAGCACGGCAUCACCAGUGACGACCUGUUCUGGCUGAAACAGUCCCCUGGAAAAACACUCGUGGUCGGAGCCAGUUAUGUGGCUCUGGAGUGUGCCGGCUUCCUCACAGGCCUCGGCCUGGACACCACCGUGAUGGUGUGCAGCGUCGCCCUCAGGGGGUUCGAUCAGCAAAUGUCCGGUCUGGUGACGGACUACAUGGAGUCGCACGGGACCGAGUUUGUCUGGAAGUGUGUUCCGGAGAGAGUGGAGCGUUUGACCUCUGGAGUUCUGCGGGUGACCUGGACCGACAGCCAGACGGGCCGCGAACACAAGGACACGUACGACUCUGUCCUGUGGGCCGUUGGCAGAGCCCCUGAAACCACGGCCCUGGGCCUGGACCAGCUGGGCGUGAAAGUCAACCAGGAGACGGGAAAAAUCAUCGUAGGCGCUGACGAAUCCACGUCGGUUCCAAACAUCUACGCCUUUGGUGACAUCGGUGAGUCCCGGCCCGAAUUGACCCCAACAGCUAUUAAAGCAGGGAAGCUUCUUGCCCGGAGACUGGCCGGACAGAGCCAGCAGCUCAUGGACUACGACAACGUUCCCACCACCGUCUUCACCCCACUUGAAUAUGGCUGUGUGGGUCUGUCAGAGGAGGAGGCCGAGAGGAGGCUGGGGAAGGACGGCGUCGAGGUCUACCACGCUUUCUACAGGCCUCUGGAGUUCACCGUGGCAGAGCGUGACGCCAGCCAGUGUUACAUCAAGGUGGUGUGUGAGCGAGGAGGAGAUCAGAAGAUCCUGGGUCUGCACUUCACCGGUCCAAACGCUGGAGAGGUCACGCAGGGCUUCGCCAUGGCCGUCCAGUGCGGAGGAACGUAUCCUCACCUGCUGCAGACCGUAGGUAUCCACCCCACUUGUGCUGAAGAGGUCGUCAAGGUCAACAUCACCAAACGCUCCGGCCUGGAACCCACCGUCACAGGUUGCUGAGGUUAAGCCCCCCCGCCCUCCAUCUGGGUUGUCUGUGACCUCGGAUGUGAGGAUGGGUUCAAGUCCCUUCCUUUUGUCCCACUUCUGCCCCCCCCCAUCCUCCAUCUGGGUCGUCCGUGACCUCAGAUGUGAGGAUGGGUUCAAGUCUCUUCAUACUGUCCCACCUCUGACCCCCCCUCCUUCUGUGUCAUCCGGGACCUCAGGUGCGAGGAUGGGUUCGACUCUCUUAUUACUGUCCCACCUCUGUCCCCCGCCCCCCCACUUUCACGCUACUUUACCAGAGGAGCUCGAUGUGUGUGUGUAUGAUGUGUCUGUCUUACAGCUCGUGGUGGAGCUAGUU